AUGCCGACUCUGUUUCUUCGUCCAGCCUCUGCUCUCACAGAGGCCGAAGAGUUUGAGAAGCUGCAGAGGAGAGCAGCAGAGCUGAGGGAGAUCUUUGAGAGUCAGAAGGCAGCAAACUCAAACUUGCCGACUUUGCAGGACAGUGUAGCUAGAGACAAAGUUGCCAAGGGCCAAGUCAGCGGCAGUAAGCCCGAGGAGUCGAAGCUGCUGCCCUCGCCGAGCCUGACAUCGGUGGACGUUGCAAAGCUGCUCAUCGCUGCCAUGCAGAAGAAUGACAAGCCGGCGCCAGACAGCGGGUUAAAGGCAGUGUUGAGGUUCUCAUCGGAGAAGAAUCCAGUGAAGUCGAUGCCAGAAGAUCGCUUCUUCAACAUGAUGAAGAACUCCAAGUACAGCAUCCUGCUAGCCGACGAGUACAGCUUCAGUGUUGCGAAGGCGGACGAGGGAGUUUCAAAGGAUGACGGAGAGCCUUUUCAAGUUCUGGAUGUGAAGAUAAAAGCUCCUUACAAGAAGAUGCUGAUGAAUGGCAUGCAGUUCGAAGACUUUGAGAGCCUUGAGAAUGACAAAGAGAAUGUUCAAGUUUCGAUGAAAUGGCAAUUCAGCAAGAGCAAAGAGAGCAAUUGCUGGUUGAGCGAUACUCUCUAUGUGGUCAGCUCUUCAAAGAAUGAUGCCUGGAGGGCGCUUGUGUAA